AGUGCCUUUGAUUGAGGAGCUGGACUCUCUGAUCCUGCUGAGGGAAGAGAGACAAGUCUUCAGCAGCGUAUAUACAGCGCGUCGCAUCUUUCACGGGAACUUGUCAACGCAGGUUUCCCCUCUCGUUUAUUUAUCCUAAAGAUAUUUGAAUCAUUUGAUGACCAGCAGCCAGCCUUGAACCCGGUGUGAUACUGAAGCCGCAGGCGCAAACAAGACACUGCUGACUUUCUCUAAGGUGUCACCAGGUAAUGAGCUUACUGCUGCUCUCCAGCUCAAGCAUGAAGGACCGUGACUCUCUGACCCUCCUGCACUACACAAACUCUGGCAAAACAGGCCCACAGUACCCACCUCCCAAUCUCCACUCUUCCUCUCCUGGCCUCACCAAGUCCCAGCCCUUCUGUCUGCAGUCCAGCCAGCACCUCAUAGCCUCCAUGCAGCUGCAGAAACUCAACAGCCACUAUCAGAGCCUGGCUACCUCUUCUACAGUUUCUUCUGGACCCAACAGAGGAUUUGGCAGUGCUUCAAUGAGUCCGACACAAAUCUCUGGCCCUGGGAUGGCUCAAGGGUCUGGGAUCAUAGAUUCUGAUCCAGUGGAUGAGGAUGUCCUGAUGUCUCUGGUAGUGGAGCUUGGUUUGGACAGAGCUAAUGAACUUCCAGAGCUGUGGCUGGGCCAGAAUGAGUUUGACUUCAUAUCAGAUGUACCUGCUGGGUGCUGACCCCCUGAAAGAAAAUCCCUACUCACUUUUUUGCUGCCUCCUUUUUUUGCACCUGAGACACUGUUGGAUGGCUCAUGAAAGUGUGAGAAUUUUUUUUUUGAAAGCUCUUUUUCAUGUGUAAAGACACUAGCUCAAGCUGCAGAUGUAUAGGAAACUAUGUACUCUCACAAUCAAAAGACUACUUGGACCACUCCAGUUGAGAGGCUCUCUUGAAACUAAAACUUGGUAACUCUUGCUAUUCACGGUCUUGCUUGUUAUAAUCCUUUCCACCUUUCCAAGCUCUGGUUUCAAAGUGGUGCAAGAAUUUCAAACAAGUCACCAGACAUGGAGUUAAGUCAUGAGCUUCACACAUGGACUAGACCUCCAACACGAACGCUACCAGACAUUUUUUCCCCCAUGUCUACUACAGAAGCAGGCUGAGGUUUUUUUUAAACUUCAUUUCAUGGACUUUUUUCCCCAGUGGGCAUCUUCACCACCUGAGAUCUAAAAUACAAUAAAAGUUAUGUGAAUUCACAAUACAUUUCUUGUGAAAGAUUAGAUAUUUAUGUGGUCUCUAAUGGAUUGGAUUCAUGUAUUGCCACCUGCCAUCUGUGGGUUCUGUCCAUACGAGCAGCCGGGUGGUGUUUCUGUUCUGUAAUGGAAGGUGAUCCUGAAACCAGCAUGGGCUACUCUUUUCCAAAAUGCAUGUCAUCACAAGACUCCUUUCCACUGAGGUAACCUGAUCUAUCCGACAGUUUUCCAUGGUUAAAUAUAUUAAUGAUGGACGUGUCCAUUUACUCCACUCAUAGCCUCACUUUAGGUCUAGAAAGAUUGUGAGCAGAAGCAGAAACUCAGCCGAUUAUUCCAAGCAAACUAAAUAGUUUAGAUUAUGAACCCUAUUAUAAAAGCACUAUAUUUGUAUGUGUUUAAUCAAAUGUCUGUUUUUUUUUUGUCUUGUAUAAGAAUAGAAAAAUGAUCUAAAAGACUCUACUGUCAUGUUGUUUAGCGUUGACUAAUGCAGACCUGUGUUGAUAAUGGAGUAAUCUCUUUUAUUUUGGUUUAACACUCCUGGAUGAAUCAUAAGUGGUGAUUGUGUUUUUGUUUUGUUUAGCACUUUCCUUCCAUCUUGUGUAAUUUUUCUACAAAAGAUGUGAUUACUGUUAUAUUUAAAGUGUACUCUAUUUUGUUUGUUUGUUUUUUUUUCAAAAUAUACAUAAAUAAAAAGUACAGAAUUCAAACCUUUUA